UUCCUUACAAUAGACAAACACUUCUCCUCUCUUCUCUGCUCCGCAGGAGAGAGAGAACUUCUUAUCUCUCCCUUCUUCUCUCUAUAAUACACACAAUUUUAUCUAUCAAAUCCUGAUUCAGCAUCUCGUGUCGCUGAAUUCAUAUAUAUCUUUGUUUGCCUAUCUGUUUUUUUUGAUCCGACGGCGGCGAUUUUAUCCGGAGAGCUAGAUCGAGGUAUGCAGCAGAGUGAUCAGACGGUGUUGAGCUUGAGACCUGGUGGUGGUCGAGGGAGCAGACCCUUUGGUUCUCGCUUCGACAACUCCUCUUCAUCAUCAUCUUCAGCUGCCGCAGCCGCCAAUCUUACUUUUGGCGAUCUCCCUCUCUUACGUCCUCAUGGCGGCGCCCCUCCUUCUUUUUCGAUUAAGACUGGAGACUCAAGGUUUGAGGGCCGCGAACGUGCACGGUACACUAGAGAGCAGCUGUUAGAGCUUAGAAAGGCUGUUGAAGUUUCUGAAGAGAUUCUACAAAUCAAACGGGAAAUUGAUGUUGAACUUUUUGGUGAGGAACAAAGUUGGGCCCGAGGAGAAACCAAUCCUCUGAAUCAAUCUCAGAACCGUAAUUCUGAGCUAGAUAAUCGUGACUGGCGCAGCCGUUCUACUCCAUUUUCUACCUCUGGAGAUGACAGAUCCUGGGAAUUUAAUAGAGAGAACAGAGAGCUUGGUGGUCGAUAUGACUCCCGCCAGCCAGAAGCAAAUCCGUUUAAUCGCCAAGAGCAACCUGGAGGACCUGCUUCUACUUUAAUCAAGGCCGAGGUGCCAUGGUCAGCUAGAAGGGGGAAUCUAUCUGAAAAGGACCGUGUCUUGAAGACUGUGAAAGGGAUAUUGAACAAGCUUACCCCUGAAAAGUUUGAUCUCCUCAAGGGCCAACUUAUUGAUUCUGGCAUCACAUCAGCUGAUAUAUUGAAGGGUGUUAUAUCAUUAAUAUUUGAUAAGGCUGUUCUGGAACCCACAUUUUGUCCCAUGUAUGCUCAGUUGUGUUCUGAUCUUAAUGAAAAGCUGCCCCCUUUCCCAUCUGAUGAACCUGGUGGUAAAGAAAUCACGUUUAAGCGAGUCCUCUUGAAUAACUGCCAGGAGGCAUUUGAGGGUGCUGACCAACUGAGGGAAGAAUUGAGACAGAUGACUGCUCCAGAGCAAGAGACGGAGCGCCGAGACAAAGAAAGAAUCCUCAAGCUCCGCACUCUUGGAAACAUCCGUUUGAUUGGGGAGCUACUGAAGCAGAAGAUGGUACCUGAAAGGAUAGUCCAUCACAUCGUUCAGGAGCUCUUGGGUCAGGAUAGUAAAACUUGUCCAGCGGAGGAAAAUGUUGAAGCCAUCUGUCAGUUCUUUAUCACCAUAGGCAAGCAACUUGAUGAGAGCCCAAAAUCACGGCGUAUAAAUGAUAUCUACUUUAGCCGAUUGAAGGAAUUGACUACCAAUUCCCAACUCGCUCCACGACUGAGGUUCUUGGUUCGUGAUGUGAUUGAUCUGCGAGCGAGUAAUUGGGUUCCUAGGCGUGAAGAGGUAAAAGCCAAAACCAUUACUGAAAUCCAUUCUGAGGCAGAGAAAAAUCUCGGGUUGCGUCCUGGUGCCACUGCAAGUAUUAGGAAUAAUCGUGGUGUAAUAUCUGGCCCCCCUGGGACUGCUGGCCCUGGGGGCUUCCCAAUGAACCGACCAGGCUCUGGGGGGAUGAUGCCCGGCAUGCCAGGUACUAGGAAGAUGCCUGGGAUGCCCGGAAUUGAUAAUGAUAAUUGGGAGGUUCCAAGGACCCGUUCAAUGCCAAGGGGUGAUGGACCAGGUGUGCAGGCUGUAGGGCGUGUACAAGUGCCAUUGGUUAACAAGUCAUCAUCAGUGAAUUCUAAGCUGUUACCUCAUGGUAGUGGUGGGGUAAUCAGUGGGGGGAACAGUGCCUUUUUGCAGGGUGUUGGCCCUCCUUGCGCAUCCAAUUUUGUUUUAAAUACUGAGCCUGCAGAGUCGAAACCUUUUUCUGCAAUGUCUCUGCCUCCGGUGAUGGAGAAAACCUCAGCUCCAGCUGUAAGGUUGAGUCCAGAUGAACUUCGGAGGAAAACAAUAGCACUUUUGGAGGAAUAUUUUAGCAUACGGAUUUUGGAUGAAGCAUUGCAAUGCGUAGAAGAGCUAAAGGCUCCUGCAUACCACCCAGAGGUGGUCAAGGAAGCUAUAUCCCUUGGACUGGAGAAAAGUGCUCCGUGUAUCGAACCAGUUGGGAAACUUGUGGAAUAUUUGUUCACCAAAAGGGUUCUUACGGCUAGAGACGUAUCGACUGGUUGUUUUCUCUAUGCCUCUAUGUUAGAUGAUGUUGGCAUUGAUUUACCAAAGGCACCAAAUAAUUUUGGUGAGAUUAUUGGAGAAUUAAUUUUGGCUGGGGCAUUAGAUUUUAAGGUUGUGACAGAGAUCCUUAAGAAGAUGGAAGAUGACAUGUUCCGGAAAGCAGUGUUUGGUGCAGCGAUGAGGGCAGUUACUUCUGGUCCUGGGCAAGCAUUGCUGGAUUCACAGGCAUCCGAUAUCGAGGUUUGCCAGAGCCUGCUGUAAGAGAGGCUUUCAGUGCUUAUUUUUCACAUCUCGACAAUCCCCUUUUACCUGACUUUUUUUUAGGCGAGCAACUUUGUAUUCCGUCAUAAGGAGGAGCUGCUAAAAUGGGUCCUUUUGAUUGAGUUGUAUAUUUUCUCGAUGUUAUAGCAGUUUGUUUAUUGACUAAAGAAAUCGAUCCAUAGUACGCAUGGAUUUUGCUCUCGAUUCUUGGCCAAGUAGAUGCGUGGUUGAUCGUGGGGGUGAUCCUUAUAAGGAACCAAUUUUGUAUUUGUUUAUCAUUCUUGUUUUGGAGACUCCUUUUGAACUAGUUUAUCAUGGAACCGUUGAUCUCUAAGAGUUUAGCUUGCCUUGUCAUGUUGCUCUCAAUACUGAAUUUGGAUUCUCUA